ACAUUCAGUCAUAUGUAUUCAGUCCAUAUGUUGUGAAUGCAAGGAGACCGCGUGUUUGUACACGGUUUCAUCACGGCAUGAUCAGGUGUUGAUAUCCAUGUGGAAAUGAAAACUGACUGAUGCAAUAAUCAAAGUUUUUGCCUGGAACUGUGUCCUUAAUGGUGAUUCGUAGGAGACGAACGCUGAUGUGAGGUGACAGUAGUCUGCAACUCUUCAUAUUUGCAUUCCAGCCUUCAGAGUCUCACUGCAUGUACUCGUGUCAUCUCCGCAACUUAACGACAUGAUCAACAUGGCUGGAAUACUCACAAUCCUUGUCUUCUUGAGCAUCACGACUCUCGUUGCAGGUGAGCCGUCAAAAGCUGGGGAAAUCACUUGUGAUUACAAGGAGACGUUAUCAAUGGGCGGAGCUGGUUCUAAAACUGGUGAUCUGGCUCGAGCGUCAUCGACAAAAUGCCUGCUGGAACUGGACAUCACCUGCCAAGGAUGUUAUAUGGAUAUUGUGUUUUGGGAAAUGGAACUGGCUUCUACGAAGCCAACACAACAAUCAGGAACUAGCUCUCCGGGCACUUCUGACAAUGCUAUCGUCGUGCGAGAACAAGGUAAAGCAAACGUAACAAUCUUGCAAGGCAACCAGACUGGAAAAUACUUCAUCACUUCCGCAAAAAAGGUCCAAAUCGAUUAUACCGGUACCAAACGACCUUCCAACCUUUCGUCAAAAGGUGAAAUCAGCUGGAAAAUUUCAUACGCAGUACGAGAGAUUAAACACAAAUCCUGCUACUGGGGUGUCAACCUCAGACACACAUGCCCCAAUAACAAGUGCACAGAUAACCCUUAUGAAUGUGAUCGACUGACAAAAUAUCUUGACAUACCUCCUCCAGGAAUGUCAAAGGAAGACAAGAAGAAGAUUUUCAUGGGAAUCAUCGGAUUAUUAGCGCUGAUGGUCAUCAUCUUCCUUUUUGCACUUUGCUGGUAUAAACACAAGAAGAAAGUCUAUCUCUGCCUGACUUGCAAGGAGUGUUUAUGCAGAUCCUGCAAUAAAAUUAGAAAACGCCAUAACUCUGGGACGUCGGGGACCAACGUCAAAUUCACUGACGCGCAAUGUAUAAUUAUAUCAGCCGAGGACAUCCUCGACAGAGAUCAGGAUGCACAGGACACGACAGUCUAUCCUCCAACUGAAAAUCAGGCAGGAAAUUCAGACGGAUACCUAAAACUCAAAGAUAAGGAUGACGAAGAAUAAACAUCACGCGAAGUCUUUUUUUAUAGCUAUCAUAAUAUGAAAUUCCCAGGGAGAAACUCAUCCUCACAUUCAAAUCCUCUGCACAUCAUUUCAUGGCAUCUGAUUCUUGUCCCAUUUGUCCUCAAUGUACUGGUGGUACGUAAGUUACGGUGAAGUCUUUCCUUAAUGAAUAAUUUGAAUUUCUUCGACAAGUUCAAUCUGACAGUGUUUAACACUUGACCCAUUCUGAUCACUUUCGCUUCGGCACACAUGUACUAGGUAUUUUCCAAGGUGAAGACGACACGUCAAGGUGAAGACGUCACGUGACGUCACGUCGCUCACUUGAAUUAUGAAUUCUUGCAAUUGGUUAAUUUGGUAUCUAUAGGCAGCACUUUCAGCUUUGCAUUUCACAAACUACGGUAAACAGGGAAAUUUUUGUUUUGAUUUCAUAGCAUUGCAUAGAGCACUGAAUUUUAUUGAAAUUACUGUAAUAGCGUUUCUAAAGAAGCACAAACUAAAAAGCCGCUAAUAUUUCCCAGUUUCCAGUCUUGGCAGCACAUUUGUACAUGUAUGUACCACAGGCACUGCUCAAUGAAUUAGACGCUAUACUUCUUUGAUUAGUAAGUGGUACUGGUGUAGAAGUAGAAAUGUCCCCCUGGAAAAAUUGUCAAGCUCUAUUGUAUUGGGAUUAUGAUAUACGGUUCUACAAAGGCCAUGACCUUCAAUACAAAUGUAGCUUGGAGAUCUAAGCUGAAAUAGAAUCCUUUGUUCCCUGGACAAUCUUUCCCAGGACAUUUCAAACUUCUACACCGGUAAAAGCAGAAAUAGUUUCUGGUAACUGGCAAUAAAGGUUUACAUCAUA